GGGAGGAGCGGCGACGGGCGGCGGGCAGGCGGCCCCACCGCUCCUGCCUCCACAGGCCCCUCCUUCCGACCCGCCCCGACCCGCCCGCCGCACACAUGUGCCCGCACCCAGCGGCGGGCGCUCCGUCGGGGCUGGCGAGUGCUGCCACCUCCCCGAGACCGCGCCAGCAGCUCCGCGCCGGCACCGCGUCCCUCGGGCGCGGGGAGCAGGUGGCCGCGCCAUGGCUGCCGCUUACCUGCUGGGCAACGGGUCCGCGCCGCUCCUCGCCGGCGCCCUGGAGGUCCCGUUCGCCGCCAACGCCUCCGCCUGCCGCCCUCCCGGGCCGCCCUGCACAGCCGCGCCGCCGGGCGCCUGGGGCAACACCUCGGCGGCGGCGUUGGGCUGGAACCGCUCCGAGCCCUGCGGUGGCGGCAAUGGCAGCGCGGGCGGCGGCGGGCCCUGCGCGCCCGCGGGCGGCGGCCCCUCCGUGUUCACGGCCAUCGCCAUCAUGGCCCUCUACUCCGUGGUCUGCGUCGUGGGGCUCUUCGGCAACUUCUUGGUCAUGUAUGUCAUCGUCAGGUACACGAAAAUGAAGACUGCCACCAAUAUCUAUAUUUUCAAUCUUGCCUUGGCAGAUGCCCUAGCAACAAGUACUCUGCCAUUCCAGAGUGUGAAUUACUUGAUGGGAACGUGGCCAUUUGGUACCAUCCUCUGUAAGAUUGUUAUAUCCAUAGACUACUACAAUAUGUUCACCAGUAUCUUUACACUCUGCACCAUGAGUGUAGAUCGCUACGUAGCUGUUUGCCACCCAGUUAAGGCCCUUGAUUUCCGUACCCCCAGAAAUGCCAAAAUUGUCAAUGUCUGCAACUGGAUUCUCUCUUCUGCCAUUGGCCUGCCAGUUAUGUUCAUGGCAACUACUAAAUACAGGCAUGGCUCGAUUGACUGCACACUUGCAUUCUCCCACCCUGCAUGGUACUGGGAGAACCUCCUGAAAAUCUGUGUGUUCAUCUUUGCCUUCAUCAUGCCAGUCCUGAUAAUUACUGUGUGUUAUGGGCUGAUGAUUUUACGCCUGAAGAGUGUUCGCAUGUUAUCCGGCUCCAAAGAGAAGGAUAGGAACCUGCGGAGAAUCACAAGGAUGGUUCUUGUAGUGGUGGCAGUGUUUAUUGUCUGCUGGACUCCCAUCCACAUUUAUGUCAUCAUUAAAGCCCUGGUCAACAUCCCAGAAACUACUUUCCAGACUGUCUCCUGGCACUUCUGUAUUGCUCUAGGGUAUACAAAUAGCUGCCUUAAUCCAGUCCUUUAUGCAUUUCUAGAUGAGAAUUUCAAAAGGUGUUUCAGAGAGUUCUGCGUCCCCACUUCCUCAGCCAUUGAGCAGCAAAACUCCACCCGAAUCAGACAAAACACUCGUGACCAUGCUUCCACUGCCAACACUGUGGAUAGGACUAACCAUCAGUUGGAACUUCAAGAAGCUGAAACUACUCCACUGCCGUGACAGGGUCUCCUGCUGCAUGGCUCUCAAACCAGUUGCACACCAGUGCCACAGUGUGUCUGGGCAGUAUGCUAUGGGAACGUGUAGGAUAUACUUUCCCUCAAAA